AUGUCUCGCCUCUUGGUCUCGCCGCGGUCCGGUGUCCAGUCGACGUCUGUGCUCGCCGCCGCCGCCAUCAUCGCCAUCACCAUCGUCUACUACUUCCGCUUCGACGGCCACAUCACGCCCCUCAGGUCAGCGAGUUUUGGCUUCCGACCCUCCAAGGCGCCCGAUCCCAAUCUCGAAGCGAUCAACGCGACCGCCCAGUACUUCGUCGACUAUCCCGUCGGCCCCCCUUACAAGAAAGUCUUUGGCGAGCUCGGCGAGCGGACAAAGGUGCUGCGGUCCUGGAUCGAGGCGCUCGAGGAGAAGGACGGCGACGGCAAACUGCGCGUCGUGGGCGCCGAGAGGCGGUUCCUCGACGACUCGAUAGAACGGGUCGCCGCGUCUCUGUUUCCUUACCUGCAAUCGCCGCCGAGGAACGUGCAGACUCGGACGCCGCUGGCCGACCUCAGGCGAAGCUUCCAAAGCGCCGGCACCCCGGCGCGGCACCCAGCACGGCAUCCCCGCGUCGGUGAUGGUGCCUACGGCAACAAGACCGCAAAGGAGUACGCAAGCCUGAAUGCGGGCAUCGUCAUCCCCGCGGGACACAGCACGCUGCGUCUGGCGUGCCAUUUGGUGGCGUCCCUGACGCACGUUCAUCGGACGACGCUACCGAUUCAGAUUGCGUACGCCGGCGACGAGGACCUCCCCCAGGAGGACCGUGACACGAUCGUCAAGGCCGCUGCCGUGAGCUACAAUGGCCAUGUGGAGUUCUUGGACGUCUUGACCGUGUUCAACGACACAACGUUGCAGCUGAUGGAAGGCGGGUGUGCGAUCAAACCGUUCGCUGCGCUGGGCAGCCGGUACGAGGAGGUCAUCCUUCUGGACGCCGACGUCGUCCUUCUGCAGCCUCCGGAAAAGCUGUUGCAGCAACAGGCCUACCGGAGAAACGGGGCGCUGCUCUUCCACGACAGACUCCUCUGGAAGGACCAGUUCCCGGAAAGGAAUGUGUGGUACCACGAUACGUUCAAGCACCCGAGCGGGGAGAUGCAGAAGUCUCUGGUGUGGACCGAGAAAUACGCCGAGGAGGGGGACUCGGGCGUCGUCGUGCUCAACAAGGGCCGCCUGGACGUGCUGAUGGGCCUGCUGCACGUCUGCUGGCAGAACACCGACGAGGUCCGGAACGCGUGGACGUACAGGAUCACCUACGGCGACAAGGAGACGUGGUGGAUCGGGCUCGAGGCGACGGGGUCGGCGUAUUCCUUCUCGAGGCACUACGGCGGCGUGGUCGGCUGGCAGAAGAAGCCGGUCGAGGGCGAGGAGGCGGGCAGGACGCAGGUGUGCAGCUUGGCGAUCGCGCACGUGAACGAGGCGGGCGGCCUGCUGUGGUACAACGGCGGGCUGGAGAUGAGCAAGAUGGGCGACCCGCCAGCCUUCGAGAUGCCGACGCACUGGAUGAUUGACCAGGAAUGGGUCAACGGGGGGGGGAAGAAGGACAUGAGCUGCAUGAUCGGGACGGGGGCGCAGGAAUUGUCGGGACACGAGAGGGGGGUCUUGGAGCAGAGCAUCAAAGCUGCGAAGGACGUUGAUGGUAGACUCGAUUCGGCGUAA